AUGGAUCGGAUCGCCCGAUUCCUGGUGUCUAACCAGCACAUUUACGGGGGCUCGGCGGAUUUCUACCCCCUGAUGGCGUUGGGGCGGUGGAACCUGUACGUGCAGGGCCUCGUCUACUUGAUCACGCUGCAUGACAGGGCCCUCUACCGGAAGUCCGAGCUCGUUGGUAUUUGCGCGUUCUUCGCGUGGAUGCUCUCCCUGGCCCUCUCCAUGCCGACCUGGGCGCUGGCGGUCGGCUGGGUCAUGGUCUCCCACGCCGUGGCGGGCGUCCUGCACGUCCAGAUCGUGCUCUCCCACUGGUCCAUGGAGACCUACAAGGGCUCCCCCUACACGUCGAAGGAGCCGCGCCGCACCCGCUCCGCUGCGGAAGCGAUCUCGAUCUGCCGCCGGCCGCGCGAGCCGCUCGAGCUCGUGCACCUGGACUGGGGCGAGCACUCCAUCGAGAGGGAGUGCGACGCGCUGGAGGCGCCAUGCUGGGCGCUGAACGGCCCCCAGUUUUGGGCUGACGCGUCGGAAGACGCCAGCGACCCAGGCGAGGGCUGGGGCAGCCGCGCGGCCACCUGGCAGGCGGGGAGCUGCGCCGAGGAGGCCUGCGCAGGUGAGGCGACGGACGGUGCCAACGGCAAACCAGGCGGCGACGCGGAGACCGAGUGGUACCUCAUGCAGUUGCGGACGACCAUGAACGUUGCCACGCCGGAGUGGCUUGACUGGGUGCACAUCGGUCUGCAGUUCCAGAUCGAGCACCAUCUCUUUCCCCGACUUCCCAGGCACAACCUUCGCAAAGCGCGGGAGUUGGUGAAGGCCAUCUGCAAGAAGCACGACAUCCACUAUCACGAGCCCGGGUUCUUCGAGGGAAACGUCGAGAUGUGGCGGGCGCUCAGGGACGCAGCUAUGGAGGCCCGCAAGACCACCAGGGGCGACGGUGGCUUUUACCAGAGCAUGCUGUGGGAUGGCCUCAACUGCAGGGGCUGA